GGCGAAUCUCCGGUAGUAGGAUAGCAGCAGGAAUGGACUCGACCUCCUCCGUUCAUACCUUGCCCAUUCCUUCGCUUGACCGCUCUUAUGGUAUUGAAUCGUGGCCCUGGUUCACCAGAGCCUUCGAGGCUGCUGUGGGGUAUCCAGCCAACAGUUUCCGAUUCAUCGAGGGCAAGACACCUCUUUCUACGCUGAAGGAAACCUCAACUGUUCUUGUCCUAUAUUAUACGGUGGUUCUGGGAGGACGAAGUUUCAUGAGCAACCGAAAGCCAUUGCAAUUGAAGAGGCUUUUUCUUUUGCACAACUUCUUCCUCAGCAUCAUCAGUGCCAUUCUUCUGGCACUUUUUCUGGAACAGAUAGUACCGACCAUCGCGAGGAAUGGAUUGCACUGCGCCAUCUGUGAUCUCGAGGGUGGUUGGACCAAGCCCAUGGUUGUACUAUAUUAUUUGAAUUACCUGACUAAGUACUUCGAGCUCCUGGACACGGUCUACUUGUUUCUGAUGAAGAAGCCUCUCACGUUCCUGCAUUGCUACCAUCACGGCGCAACCGUCUUCCUAUGCUACACUCAGUUGGUUGGGACUACGGCGAUCUCGUGGGUUGUGAUCACACUGAACCUAGCUGUCCAUGUCAUCAUGUACUGGUACUAUUUCCAGGCCGCGCGAGGAAUUCACAUCUGGUGGAAAGCCUGGAUCACUCGGGGCCAAAUCCUCCAAUUUGUGAUUGCGCUGGGUUCGUCCUGCUUUAUCUCCUACGGCUCUUUCUUUGUAUACUUCCCUCAGUAUGGCUCAUGUGUGGGCAGCGUGUUGGCCACAGUCACCGGAAACGUGGUGAUCAGCUCGUACCUGGUUUUGUUCGUGUUGUUCUACCUGGCCACAUAUCGGAAAGACGGCAGGAUGCCUAGUGCCCGCGUAGCUGUGCGACCUAUAACCCAGGCACCAGCUUCGGUGCCCCAUCUGGUUGUGGCUGCUAUGUCCAGUGGGCACGAUAACCGAAUCGAGACAGGGUUGACUGGUGCCGGUGCCCGGGCACGGAAAGUCUAGUGGUGCGGGCGCAGGCUGCCAUGGAUCAGCGAAGUGACUGAGUGGCAGUCGCGACAUUCCACACGUGGAUGAUAUUUCUAGCAUUUUUAGCAUCGGGUGGCCUUUUGCUGGAUACAAAAGCUGUGCUGGUGUCAGUAAUCGGAGAGGGUUUCGUCAGGACGACGUUCACAUGAUCAAGGGCGCGUCUUCUGAUCGAGCACUACUCCGCAAGCGGCACUGUCAGUAUUCUUAUAGAAACAUGAUAACAUCUUUACCAUUCAUGCAACGAAGCUGAACCAUUAC